CUCUCUCCUACCAUCACUCUUUCUCUCCCCUAACCUUUUGUACUACCAUAACCAUUACCAUACAUACUCUUCUCCAUCACGCCACAAACGCAGAUUCACACAUAUUCAUCUUCUUCUUCUUCUUCCUCAUCGCUUGUUCAUCGCCACUGGCUGUUUCUGUUCUAAGGUGUCGCCAGCUGUAUUCUAGAGUUACUUUUCUUUGUAUUGAUUAUUAGUGUUGGGACAGGUCAGUUUUCUCUUCUUGUUGUGGGACUGAAUAGCUCUUGGAUUAAAUUUUAGGGCUAUUAAGAGGUUUCCAGGGGUCUCCUAUGGCGAAAGGUCUUUGAUUUAUCGAUUUUUUGGGAUUAUGGGCAUGUAUAUUGGCUUAAAUGGAACCAUGGAUCUGUCACUGUGUUCCUUUCUAGAUUUCUAGGGAAGAAUCGAGAUUGAUUGAGAAGAGGCCUGAGUGUUUUCCUCUACCUUCCGAUCUACAAAAAAGAUCAAUUGGGUUUUGUUGUAUUUCGUAUUUGAGUGUAGAAACGCUUGAUUUGGGGUAAAUUUGUGGAGUAGGUAAUCUGUGAUGGAAGCUAGAAUCGAAGGUGAGGCUCAACAUUUAUAUGGUCUUAGAGCCAUGGAUCUGAGGUCUGUAGGUAAAAGGAGUGUGGAGUGGGAUUUGAAUGAUUGGAAAUGGGAUGGUGAUCUCUUCGUAGCUACACAAUUGAACCCUGGUGGUGGCGAAACGAUGGGGCGCCAGUUUUUCCCAAUAGGAAACUCGUCAAACAGCUCUUCGUCUUGCUCUGAUGAAGGCAAUAACACUGAGUUAACGGUCACAAGACCAAGAGAGGUUGAGAAGAAAAGAAGAGCUGUUGCGACAGGGGAAGAUAAUAAUGGUGGUGGUGGUGGUGGUCUUACUUUGAAGCUAGGAGAUGAUGGUUAUGAUCUUAAUGGUGAAAGAGAAGGGGGCUCUGCGGCGAAGAAGACGAAAUUCGGAGGUGGGACAAAUCGCGCGGCUUGUCAGGUGGAAAACUGUGAAGCUGAUCUUAGCAAAGUUAAGGAUUAUCAUAGACGUCAUAAGGUGUGCGAGAUGCAUUCUAAGGCUACUAGUGCAAUUGUUGGAGGAAUUAUGCAGCGGUUUUGUCAGCAAUGUAGUAGGUUCCAUGUUCUUCAGGAGUUUGAUGAAGGAAAGAGAAGUUGUCGUAGACGUUUGGCUGGGCAUAAUAAACGCAGGAGGAAAACAAAUCCCGAACCUGGCGCUAACGGGAAUCCUCUGAGUGAUGAUCAUCAAUCAAGCAAUUUUCUGCUCAUUAGUCUCUUGAAGAUACUCUCCAAUAUGCAUUCCAAUCGAUCAGACCAUCCCGGUGAUCAAGAUUUGAUGUCUCAUCUUCUGAAGAGCCUUGUGAGCCAUGCUGGUGAACAAUUAGGGAAAAAUUUGGUUGAACUUCUUCUUCAAGGAGGAUCUCAAGCUUCCUUAAAUAUUGGAAACUCGAAUUUGCUUGCAAUUGAGCAAGCUCCUCAAGAGGAUUUAAAGCAAGCUCCUGAAAUUCCUCGGCAAGAAUUGUAUGCCAAUGGGACAGCUACAGAGAACAGAUCAGAGAAACAAGUCAAAGUAAAUGAUUUUGAUUUGAAUGACAUCUAUAUAGACUCAGAUGAUGGUACAGAUAUCGAAAGAUCUCCUCCUCCUACAAAUCCAGCAACCAGCUCUCUUGAUUAUCCUUCGUGGAUACAUCAGUCUAGUCCACCUCAGACAAGUAGGAAUUCAGAUUCAGCAUCUGACCAGUCACCAUCAAGUUCCAGCGAAGAUGCUCAGAUGCGCACAGGUCGGAUUGUGUUCAAACUUUUUGGGAAAGAGCCAAAUGAUUUUCCUGUUGUCCUGCGUGGACAGAUUCUUGACUGGUUAUCGCAUAGUCCAACUGACAUGGAGAGCUACAUUAGGCCUGGUUGUAUCGUAUUGACCAUCUAUCUUCGUCAAGCUGAAACUGCUUGGGAAGAUCUUUCUGAUGACCUGGGCUUUAGCUUAAGGAAGCUUCUAGAUCUCUCAGAUGAUCCUUUAUGGACAACUGGAUGGAUUUAUGUUAGGGUGCAAAACCAACUUGCGUUUGUAUUUGACGGUCAGGUUGUUGUUGACACUUCCUUACCGCUAAGAAGUCGUGAUUAUAGCCACAUUAUGAGUGUUAGACCGCUGGCUGUAGCUACAACAGGAAAGGCUCAAUUUACAGUAAAAGGCAUCAAUCUCCGUCGACCUGGCACAAGGUUACUUUGUGCUGUAGAAGGAAAAUACUUGAUUCAGGAAACAAAACAUGACUCCACGAAAGAGAAUGAUGAUUGCAAUGAGAAUAACGAGAUUGUUGAGUGUGUCAGUUUUUCUUGUGAUUUGCCUAUAACAAGCGGUCGAGGAUUCAUGGAGAUUGAAGACCAAGGACUCAGCAGCAGCUUCUUCCCUUUCAUAGUGGUUGAAGAAGAUGAUGUUUGUUCUGAAAUACGUAUACUAGAAACCACAUUAGAGUUCACUGAAACUGAUUCUGCUAAGCAAGCUAUGGAUUUCAUUCAUGAAAUCGGUUGGCUUCUUCACAGAAGUAAGCUUGGGGAAUCAGACCCAAAUCCAGACGUUUUUCCGUUAGAACGAUUCAAGUGGCUAAUCGAGUUUUCAAUGGACCGAGAGUGGUGCGCUGUGAUCAGAAAACUAUUGAACAUGUUCUUUGAAGGAGCCGUUGGUGAUUCUUCCUCUUCCUCUGAUGCUGCGCUAUCAGAACUGUGCCUUCUUCACAGGGCCGUUAGGAAAAACUCUAAGCCUAUGGUCGAAAUGCUCUUGAGAUACGUUCCCAAGCAGCAAAGACACAGCUUGUUUAGACCCGAUGCUACUGGUCCAGCCGGUUUAACACCUCUUCACAUUGCAGCCGGUAAAGAUUGUUCAGAAGAUGUGUUGGACGCUCUAACAGAAGAUCCCGCAAUGGUGGGGAUUAAAGCGUGGAAAACAUCUCGAGACAGCACAGGCUUCACACCAGAAGACUAUGCACGCUUACGCGGUCACUUCUCAUAUAUCCACCUGAUUCAACGCAAGAUCAAUAAAAAGUCAACAACUGAAGAUCACGUUGUGGUCAACAUCCCUGUAUCUUUCUCAGACAGAGAGAUGAAAGAAUCAAAAUCAGGUCCAGUGGCUUCAGCCUUGGAGAUCACCACACAGACUAACCAGCUUCAAUGCAAGCUCUGUGACCAUAAACUGGUGUAUGGGACAGCACGCCGGUCAGUAGCAUACAGACCAGCUAUGUUGUCAAUGGUGGCGAUUGCUGCGGUUUGUGUCUGUGUGGCACUUCUCUUCAAGAGUUGCCCAGAAGUGCUCUAUGUGUUUCAACCGUUCAGGUGGGAGUUAUUGGACUAUGGAACAAGAUGAGUGUAAGUCUACUAAUAAGAAUCUUCUAAGAUAUAAAUGUAAAAGUGUGGUUUCUAUAUGUAACUAUAUGAGUAUAAGAUAUAGAGACAUGUUUGGUUUAGAAGAUUGUUGUCGUUGUGUGUAAAAGCCUUCUCCUCUCUCCGCUGAACCUCAGGAUUCUCUCUCUCUCUCUCUCUCUCUCUCUCUCUCUCUGAUUAGUAUAUAUUUUUUGUUGACAUAAUUAUAAUGUUCUAUUUGUAAUUUUACAAUGGAAAUGAUGUUGUACCAGUUAUUUUUC